GCGGAGCAGAACCGGCCAGGGGCCCCCUCCGCCUUGCCAGGCGGGCAGUGCCAAAUCCGGGGAGCCCAGAGCUGGGGGGAGGGCUGGGGACAGCCCAGCCCUGCCCCCUCCCUCCCCCGCAAGGCGCCUGGGAACUUGUGAAGAAAGUUUGGCAUCGCUGCCUGUGCGGUGUCUCCCGAGGAUGGCCAGGGUCCCGCUGGCCUGCAGCUUGGUGCUGUGCUGCUGGGGCUGCGUGGCCCCCAAGGGAGCACAGGCUGAGGUGGACCCCUUUGUGGGGAGCCCAGGGAAUAUCACUGGUGCCCGGGGACUCACGGGGACCCUGCGGUGUGAGCUCCAGGUGCAAGGGGAGCCUCCUGAGGUGACCUGGCUCCGGGACGGGCAGGUCCUGGAGCUGGUGGACAGCACCCAGAUCCAGGUACCCCUGGGAGAAGACGGACAGGACGACUGGAAGGUGGUCAGCCAGCUCAGAAUCUCAUCCCUGCAGCUCUCGGACGCGGGGCAGUACCAGUGUGCGGUGGUCCUGAAAGGAGAGACCGUCCUUUCUCAUCCUGGCUAUGUGGGGCUGGAGGGCCUGCCCUACUUCUUGGAGGAGCCUGAAGACAGGACUGUGGCUGCCAACAUCCCCUUCAACCUGAGCUGUCGGGCCCAGGGGCCCCCAGAGCCGGUGAACCUACUCUGGCUCCAGGAUGCUGCCCCCAUGGCUCUGGCCACAGGCCACGGCCCCCAGCACACUCUGCAAGUUCAAGGACUGAACAAGACGUCUUCCUUCUCCUGUGAAGCCCAUAAUGCCAAAGGAGUUACCACAUCCCGCACAGCCACCAUCACAGUGCUGCCCCAGCGGCCCCGUGAUCUCCACCUUGUCUCCAGCUGGCCCACAGAGCUAGAGGUGGCUUGGACCCCAGGGCUGAGUGGCAUCUACCCCCUCACCCACUGCACCCUCCAGGCUGUGCUUUCGGACGAUGGGGUAGGCGUCUGGCUGGGAGGCCCAGACCCUCCGGAGGAGCCCCUGACCUUGCAAGCCUCCGUGCCCCCCCACCGACUUCGCCUGGGCGGCCUCCAUCCUCACACCUCCUAUCAUAUCCGGGUGGCGUGUGCCAGCAGCCAGGGCUCCUCUCCCUGGACCCACUGGGUCCCCGUGGAGACCCCAGAAGGAGUGCCCCUGGGCCCUCCCGAGAACGUUAGCGCCGUGCGGAACGGGAGCCAGGCCCUCGUCCGUUGGCAGGAGCCAAGGGCGCCCCUGCAGGGCACCCUGUUAGGGUACCGGCUGGCGUAUCGAGGCCAGGACACCCCCGAGGUGCUCAUGGACAUAGGGCUAAAGCAGGAGGUGAUCCUGGAGCUGCGGGGGGAAGGGACGGUGCCCAACCUGAUGGUGUCGGUGGCAGCCUACACCGCUGCUGGGGAUGGGCCCUGGAGCCUCCCCGUACCCCUGGAGCCCUGGCGCCCAGGGCAAGGACAGCCAAUACACCAGCUGGUGAGUGAACCCCCAGCCCCUGCCUUCUCAUGGCCCUGGUGGUAUGUACUACUGGGAGCAGUUGUGGCCGCUGCCUGUGUCCUCAUCUUGGCUCUGUUCCUCAUCCACCACCGGAAGAAGGAGACCCGCUAUGGGGAGGUGUUUGAGCCAACAGUGGAGAGGGGUGAACUGGUUGUCAGGUACCACGUCCGCAAGUCCUACAGUCGCCGGACUACUGAAGCCACCUUGAACAGCCUGGGCAUCAGUGAAGAGCUAAAGGAGAAGUUGCGGGACGUGAUGGUGGACCGGCAUAAGGUGGCCCUGGGGAAGACCCUGGGAGAAGGCGAGUUUGGAGCUGUUAUGGAGGGCCAGCUCAACCAGGACGACUCCAUCCUCAAGGUGGCCGUGAAGACAAUGAAGAUUGCCAUCUGCACGAGGUCGGAGCUGGAGGAUUUCCUGAGUGAAGCCGUCUGCAUGAAGGAAUUUGACCACCCCAACGUCAUGAGGCUCAUCGGCGUUUGUUUCCAGGGCUCUGAACGCGAGGGCUUCCCGGCACCUGUGGUCAUCCUGCCUUUCAUGAAACACGGAGACCUCCACAGUUUCCUGCUCUACUCGCGACUCGGGGACCAGCCAGUGUUCCUGCCCACCCAGAUGCUGGUGAAGUUCAUGGCAGACAUCGCCAGCGGUAUGGAGUAUCUGAGCACCAAGAGAUUCAUACACAGGGACCUGGCCGCCAGGAACUGCAUGCUGAACGAGAACAUGUCCGUGUGUGUGGCGGACUUUGGGCUCUCCAAGAAGAUCUACAAUGGGGACUACUACCGCCAGGGACGCAUCGCCAAGAUGCCAGUCAAAUGGAUCGCAAUUGAGAGCCUGGCUGACCGCGUCUACACCAGCAAGAGCGACGUGUGGUCCUUUGGAGUGACAAUGUGGGAGAUUGCCACGCGGGGCCAAACCCCAUACCCAGGUGUGGAGAACAGUGAGAUUUACGACUACCUGCGCCAAGGAAACCGUCUGAAGCAGCCUGUGGACUGUCUGGAUGGCCUGUAUGCCCUGAUGUCCCGUUGCUGGGAGCUGAAUCCCCAGGAUCGGCCAAGUUUUGCAGAACUUCGAGAGAACCUGGAGAACACGCUGAAGGCCUUGCCUCCUGCCCAGGAGCCGGAUGAAAUCCUCUACGUCAACAUGGAUGAGGGUGGGGGUCAUCCUGAACCCCCCGGAGCUGCUGGAGGCGCUGACCCCCCGACCCAGCCUGACCCUAAGGAUUCCUGCAGCUGUCUCACUGCGGUUGAAGUCCAUCCCGCUGGACGUUAUGUCCUCUGCCCUUCCACGGCCCCCGGCUCCACUCUGCCUGCCGACAGGGGCUCCCCAGCACUCCCAGGGCAGGAGGAUGGAGCCUGAGACAACCCUUCACCUGGGACUCCCUCUCAGGACCCAAGCUAGGCACUGCCACUGGGGGACCCGCUCCCCCUGCCACUUUCCCAUCCCAGGCCUUUCCUCCAACAGAAGUCCUUUUCCCUCCCACUUCACCUCCAUCCCAGACACAUCCUCCUCCUUCUCUGGGUUUUGGCAUCCCCAUCUGUAGAAGGACGUAGUUGGACUGCAGUCCCUAAGGGUCCUCCAAGGUCUGGCAUUCCAAGAUUCUAGAUUCUAAGAUCCAGAGUCUAGAUUCAAAGGUUCUAGAUUUCAAAGAUGCUAUGACUCUUCAGUUCUAAGGACGUGAAAUUCCAGACUCCAAUUGUA